CAGCGCGCCGCGGUUUCCGGUUCCGCCGCCCUCUUUCUCUUCAACGAGGCGGCCGAGCGGCAGACGCAGAGAUGCAGAUCUUUGUGAAGACCCUGACAGGCAAGACCAUCACCCUCGAGGUCGAGCCUAGCGACACCAUCGAGAAUGUCAAAGCCAAAAUCCAAGACAAGGAGGGCAUCCCACCUGACCAGCAGCGUCUGAUAUUUGCGGGCAAACAGCUGGAGGAUGGCCGCACUCUCUCAGACUACAACAUCCAGAAAGAGUCCACCCUGCACUUGGUGCUUCGCCUGCGAGGCGGCAUCAUUGAGCCUUCCCUCCGCCAGCUGGCCCAGAAGUACAACUGCGACAAGAUGAUCUGCCGCAAGUGUUAUGCCCGCUUGCAUCCCCGUGCUGUCAACUGUCGCAAGAAGAAGUGCGGCCACACCAACAACCUGCGCCCCAAGAAGAAGGUCAAAUAAGGCCCCUCCAUGUUCCUCCUUCCCCACAGGGCAGCCUCUUGCCCAAGCACCGUGGCCCUGAGUCCUCAAUAAAGUUUCCCUUUCGUUGACUGGAGCAGUAA